GUCUCGUCUCUCCCGCAUCAAAAACCCCGCCCGCGGCGCAAGUGCAAGGAAGAAAAAACCCCCCGCGCCGCGGGCAUCGCUCGCCGGCGACCACCAUCUCGUCGCCGACCGCCCCUCACCUCAUCGCCGAUGCCUCUGGUAAGGGCCACCGACCCGGUCGCCGCCUCGCGCGAUCCCCCACCCGCCAUGCCCUUCUUCCUUCCUCCUCCUCCUCCUCCUCCUCCUCCUCUGCCCUCGUCCCUCCGUCUUCUCCGCCCUCCUCCCAUCGUCCUCCGCCUCCACCCCGCCUUCCUCGCCGAAAUGGACUCCUGCCGGACCACUUCCCUCGUCAAGUUUUUGAACGACGAGGGAGCCAUCCCGUCGCCGGAGGCGGACAGGAAGAGGGAGCAGGUCAUCCGUAAGCUUAACAAGAUUGUGAUGGACUGGGCCAAGGUGGUGGCGUACGAGCAGAGGGUGCCCCCAAGGCGAGCCACGGCUACCGUUUUGAUCUAUGGAUCAUACACCUUAGGGGCUCAUGGACCUGAAUCUGACAUUGAUGCACUAUGUGUUGGUCCUUGCAUUGCAACACUACAGUACCAUUUUUUCGUUGUUCUGAGACAAAUUCUUGAGGAGAGGCCAGAAGUCUCAGAACUGCAGACUGUCGAAACUGCUAAGGUUCCAUUGAUGCGAUUUAGGUUCAGCGGUAUUUCAGUUGAUUUUACAUAUGCUCAGCUUCCAGUUAUUAAUGCAUCAGAGGCUAUAAAUACAUCUGAUCCUCACUUACUCCAGAAACUUGAUUCACGAAGCUGGAGAAGUCUGUCUGGAGUUCGUGUUAACGAACAAAUUGUCCAAUUAGUACCAAAUGCAGAGAAGUUCCAAAUCCUGUUGCGAUGCAUCAAACUAUGGGCUAAGAGGCGAGGAAUUCAUUGCCAUUUGCUCGGAUUCUUUGCUGGGAUACAUUUAGCGAUUCUUGCAGCUUAUGUUUGUCAGAGAUAUCCAUAUGGCACCAUCAAUGGUCUAUUCAUCAUGUUCUUUGAUAUGUUUGCUCACUGGCCAUGCCAAAUUCCAGUAAGCUUGCAUGGUCAGCCCACUAAUUGCAGACAUUCAGAUGGGUCUUUCAUGCCCAUAGUGAUGCCUUGUACUCCACCAGAGUUUUGUGCAUCCAACAUGACAAAAGGCACCUUCAGGAAAAUUAGAGAAGAGCUUAUGCGAGGUUAUGCUUUGACCAAGGAGAUAUGGAGGCAUGAUUUUGAGUGGGUCUGGCUUUUCACUCCCUUUCCGUAUACUACAAAAUAUGAAGAGUUCCUUCGAAUUGCUCUAUGUGCCCCAACAUCGGAAGAGCUACGUGACUGGGCUGGAUGGGUGAAGUCCCGCUUCCGUAACCUUAUUCUCAAGCUGGAAAGUAUUGGUGUUGAGUGUGACCCACAUUCCACAGAGGAAGUUGAUCAUAGAGUCAUCGAGCCAAACACCGUAUAUCACUGGGGCCUCAUCUAUAAAACAAGCACCCAUGUUGAUAUCAACUCACUUGGGGACGAUUUCAUGAAGGAUGUAAUCACUGAUGUAUAUGGCAAGGUCAAAUGUACGCAUUCAAAGCUGACAAUGUCCAUUGUUAGGUCGUCACAGCUUCCGAAAAGCUUGCACAGCCACCGUGUGUAUACACCAUACCUUCCUCAAUACAUGCUGGGCUACCAGACUCCGACCAACUACAGUGGCACAGCUGGCUAAGACUUGUGUGGAUCAUCGUUACCUGGGACUUCUUCUGAGACCAUUGGGUCUUACCUGACGUUUCAUCCAUGAUCGUAUAUACUGAACUGGGGUAUAUUUCUGCUCUCUGUUGCCCCCACAUCACACUCUCAGAGUAGAUCUGGUGAUCAGAGUCUGCUCCCUUUGAGCUUGCAGAGUAUGUAGUAAACUCAUGAAACUGAAGUUACCGACUGGCGCAAGUGCACAUAUGGUCGCGUGAGGCCGGCUACGAAAAUGCAGUUAUAGCGGUGGCAUGUAAACUGGUCGUGGGUAUUGUACGCUGAACAUCCAAGUGUGAGUUACAUUUGUACUGAUAGCUGCAGACUGCUGCUGGGUGCAGGCCAUCCAUUGGUGAAUGUACUGUUGAUUUUUCAUGCCAGCCCACAAGGUCUGAAAUCUGAAGGGAUAGUUAAUUCUAAUUAGCAUCAUUUGUGGUUCUGAGAUGAUGGAAGCAGAAUA